UGUUCAUGUUUAAGGAUUUUGUUUUCCUCUCCUCUUAAAAUCGGAUGCUAUGGCUUGUUUUUAUUUUAAAUGGGAUGAGACAAAUGGUUUUAGCUGAACGGUUGUGGAGAAAAGAAAAAGUUGUGGGUUGAGAACAUCAUUUGGAAUUUUGUUGGAGAAGAUUAAUUCCAGAAUGGAUUUUAUUCUGGAUGAUAAAUGUUUCUAAUUGGAUCAUAGUACUGUAAAGCUGGGGAAUAUUAUGAAAAUGAAUGUGUAUUGGAAUUGAACCCAAUAAAUGGAAAUAAAGUAGGGACAGAAGAAUCUUAAAAAUGUGUUUGUUAUUGGCAUAUAGGCAAGUGUCUUUGUGGCGGAGAAAUUGUAUAAUGAGCCAUUUAAUUAGAAAUUUGGGGAAGAAAAAGAGAUGAGAACCUUUAACUUUUGUACGCUUAGUGGUGUUGCUGAAUGAGGAUAAGUCCUUCGUAAUAUACUUAGGCAGCUUAGAAAGUAAUAUACACCAGAAGAAAUGGUGCUUGGAUUACAUAAUUUCUGAAGUUUGAACAUUGAGACAGAGAAUACACACUUUUGAUGUCAUAGAACUACAGGGGGAAUCUUUCUGGGUGUAUUAUCUUCUUUUUCUUUAUGGGUGUAUUAGGGUUGGGAAUUUCUUUUUCCUAACAGAAGAUAAGGAGCUUUUUACAAUUCAAUGAACACUUAUAAUUUGUAUUUAAUAUACUAAAAUCUCCUUGCAUCACCCUUCUGAUUAUUUUCCUUUAAGUCUUGACACUUUCAUACUGAAUUUAGUGGGUUUGGUGAUAUGCAAUAAGAAUGUUCAUGCACUUUGCAUAGCCAUGACUAAUUCAGAGCAAGAUGUGGAAAACAAUACAGCACCUUCUUUAAUAAAUCAGCUUGGAAGAGCAUUACAUGAAUUGGAAGCCCUCGAGGAUGCUUCUGAGGACAGGGUUCAGUGGAUGGAAAUUGAAGAACACUUUCGCAACCUUGAUACAACAUUGAAGAGGAAAUUUGAAGAGUUAGAAGCUAGAGAGAAGGAAUACAUGCAGAAAGAAGCUGAAACUCUUGCAUUACUUGCAGAAAGAGAGGCAGUGGUCGUUGCUAAAGAGCAAGACUUCCUGGAUCGAGUGCAGGAACUAAAGGAUGCUGCUGCUGCUGUCAUCGCAGAGGCCCGAGCUAAUCAUCAGCCGUCUAUGUUGGAGGCCACUGAUGGUGCCGACAACAAGGAAAGCAAGGUAAGCAGCUCUCUUGGUGACACAAAUUCCCUUGAGGAGGACUCUCCUCCUAAAAUGGGUGAAAAUGCUGAAAGCGCGGCUGUUGAGAUUAAGUCACGUCCAGAGCUGACGCAAUUUUGCGAGCAGAUGGAUGCAAGAGGGUUACUGACUUUUACUAUGGAGAAUCAAAAAAAUCUAUAUGCCAUACGUGAGGAACUUUCUGUUGCACUAGAAAGUGCAAAUGAACCAGCCCGUUUGGUGCUGGAUUCACUAGAGGGAUUUUAUCCUCCUGUUGAAAAUACCCAACUAAUGGAUAAAAAGGAUGCUGCCCUUCAGGGCAUGCGCAAAUCCUGUAUUAUGUUUAUGGAAGCCAUGGCUGCCUUAUUGGCCAGAAUUGACCCAGGUGCUGCUCACCUUCUAAACCCUGAAAUAAAGCAGCAAGCCAAGGCAAUUGCUGAUGAGUGGAAGCCUAAGUUGGCUAGUGCAGACACUGAUGCUCCCAAUGGAAAUUCAUUGGAAGCAGACGCAUUCUUGCAGCUUCUCUCAACUUUUAGAAUUGCUUCGGAGUUUGAUGAGGAAGAACUCUGCAAGCUUGUCCUUGUAGUUGCUCGCCGCAGGCAGGCACCUGAGCUCUGCCGUUCUCUUGGACUAACACACAAAAUGCCAGGUGUUAUUGAGACAUUGAUUAACAGUGGGAAACAAAUUGAAGCUGUGCGGUUUAUUCAUGCCUUUCAGCUGACUGAAAGUUUCCCCCCUGUUCCAUUACUAAAGACAUACUUGAAGGAUUCUAGGAGAAACUCCCAAGGAAAGGGUGCAAACACAGGUGGUGCUACUGGACAGGUUGAUGUAAAUGCACAAGAACUUGCAGCCCUCAAGGCUGUCAUAAGGUCUGUUGAAGAGUACAAGCUUGAAGCUGAAUACCCACUUGAUCCACUUCAGAAAAGGGUUGCCCAAUUAGUAAAAUCAAAGUCUGAUAAAAAGAGGGGUGCAGAUUUUGGCAAACAUCAACAGUCAAAGAAGCCAAGAGCAAAUGGAGGAUACCGUAGAUACCGUGGAGGUGCUGCCCCUGGAACUGCUGGUGGGCGGCAAGCUCCACCCGUCUUUGCUGAUAGGAUACCAUAUACUGGAAUGCCAGAGAGGUAUCCUCAUGCAGCUCCAAAUCCUUAUGAUUAUCAAGCUGCUAGCCACUCUGCUUAUGGCCAGCCAGCUACUGAUCAAAGAAUGUACUACUAUCCUCAGGAUGACAGGGUUACUGCUGGUUCAUAUGAUCCAGCUUCUUCUAACUAUAGCAAUUAUAUGGGCACUACUGGAAUGCGGUCUUCACAUCAACCAUAUAUGUAAUCUUGAAUGCCAAUUUUGUAAGAAAGCUCGUUAGAGAUGCUGUUGAUUGUAGUUUAAUGUUACUGUCAGGCUUAUAUGACCAAAAUGCGUUUAUUAACAAUGCAAUUCUAGUUCGAAAUGAAAAUCUUAACUAUGUAA